UUGAAUUUUGAAAUUGAUUUUCAUGUUUCACUAAUCAAUACAAAUUCAAUUUUUUCUAAUAAUUAUUUUCAUAUCCGAUUAUUAAUAUCUAAAAACUUUUGUAGUUUUUACAAUGUCUGUUAACACCCGCUUAUUUAUUGGUAAUCUGCCAGACAAUUUUAAGGAGCACGCUCUAAGGGAAGCCUUUUCUUCGUAUGGGAAUAUAAUUAAUUUUGAUUUAAAAUGUAAACCUGGUAUUGAAACGGAGAAUAAAAAAAGAUUCGCUUUUAUAACUUUAUGUGCUUCAAAUUUUAAUGUGGAGUCAUGUAUAAAACACUUUACAAAUGAAGAUUUCCAUGGAAAUAAAUUAUAUGUGACAAGAGCUCGUGAAAGUUUUCUGGAGCGAUUGCAAAGAGAAAGGGACCAGUCGAAGAACGUAAAUGCUGAGAAGAACCAAGCUGUACACUUGCCAAUUAAGACAAAUAAUUUUGGUGACCACCAUAAUACACAUAAGAGAAGGUUUAACAAUGAUAAAGAAGGAAAUGAUGACCAUAUUGCUAAGAAAUCUAAAGGUGAAGUCGAUGAAGACGUCCAACUUGCAGUUUCAAUCAAACCACAUACCAUUAUUAAUGACAAACCCUUAAAUAAUUCAUAUCCUGCUAAAGAAACUGUAAAAUCUGUAGCAAUUUAUAAAAUAGAUGACAAUUCAUUCCAAAACGAUGAAAAGAAACUAAACGCAGACAAUAAAAGGAAGGAGUCAAUGAAGAAGAAGAGGCAAGAGUUUAAUGAAAAGAAAAAUAUUAUCAAGAGUGGGUUAGUCAGUAUUGAUAAACAAUCAAAUAAGAAGAUUAUAUUUUCCGACAACGAAGUUGAUGUUACAGUUCAUCAAAAUGGACCUGUAAAUGGCCCAACCAAACAGAUCAAUUAUAAAUCAGCUUUAUUUGAUGAUGGUGGUGGCAGUGAUAAUGAAAUCAAUUUUGAAGUUAAAAAACAAUAUGAAGGAAAGAAAGGUCAAAAGGUUUUAGAUUUACAAUCUCGAUACAAAUCUGACAAACGUUUCACUCUUGAUGAAAGAUUUGUUGAAGAUUCUGAAAGUGAAAAAGAUGAAGGUGAAGUUGAACAAGAGAAAGUAGAUUUAAAUCAGGCAGAUGAAAAAUCAAAACAGAUGAAUAUAUUGCAAGAUGUACUUGGUGUGACAAUUAAAUCAAAAGCCACUGAUACCAACAAAAUCAAAACCAAACUGGGAAUGCUGCGUUUUGAUCCUACACAACCAGAUCAUGCUAAGUAUUUAGCUCCGGUUACUGCAGAAGAGCAUACAAAAAAAUCGAAAAAGAAAAAAUCUAAAGAGAACAAAGAUGCGGAAAUCAAGGAACCUGAGCGAGUUGUCGAAAAAGUCGAAGUGUCAAAAGAACAAUUUUAUAAAAUAAGCGAUACUUUAAAGGACCACAAUACCAAAACACAGUCAACAACAUUCAGCUUGAGAAGUUUAUUUUCAAAAGAGGAUGAUAACCAUCAAGAUGGUGAGACAGAAGAAGAUUAUAUUCCCUUACAAACUAAAAAAGAUACCAAAGUCAAAAACCCUCUGGAUCCAGGUGAAAAAAAUCCGUUUGUGUAUGAUUCAUCAGAAUCUGAAAGUGAGGAAGAUGAGAAAGAUACCAAACCUGCACCAGAAACAAAUGAAAUCAAAACAGUUUGGAAAGAAAAACUGUUUUUAUCUUUAAAUGAUCACAGGUUAAAAGAUGGGUUGAUUUUCUUCGGAAUACACAAUGAAGAAGCUCAAAAGGAAAGAAGGGAAUUAAAAUCAUUAAUGAAGAAGAGAAUUUACAACAAAGAGAGGAAGAAUACAAUGUUCCAGAAGAAAAUUGGUGGAAGAAAGAAGAAUAUGAAAAAUAAAUUUAGAAAGAAUUAAGAUUGUCAAUAAAAUAAUACUUCUGUAAU